AUGGGUAACGACAUCGACGAGGUCCCUCGCCCGUACGAUGACGGGUACGAGAAGGAGACUGGGGAUCUGAAGCCCCAGGCGGAGCUCGCCGAGGCGACCGAUCGUCGCGAAUCGGUGGCUUUGAACAUCGUCCAGAAUCCUUUGCAGCGCAAAACUCCACAAGAGACCGUCGCCGAUGCCGUUGAGUUCGCCGAGACCAACGGCUUGGCCGAACAGGCCGCUUUGUUCGGGCGAGCCGCUCUCGUCGCCCGCGACAUGGAGAACUUUGACGGCAUCACCGAACUUCUGGACGACGAGCGCGCGGCGCUCGAAUACGAGAGAGACCACAAAUGGCAUGGUCCCAAGAUGCUCUGGUACUCGAUUGCGCUUUGCGCCGUCGGAGCUGCCACUCAAGGAUGGGAUCAGACGGGUUCCAACGGAGCCAACCUGACUUUCCACGAGGCUCUUGGUAUUGACAGCGGAUCCGAGAGAGACGAUUGGAUCAUCGGAUUGAUCAACUCCAUUAUUUUCCUCACAGCUGGCUUGAUUGGUGCAUUCAUCGUUGAUCCCCUGAACCACUACUUCGGUCGACGAGGCGAGAUCUUCAUCACGGCUCUCUGCCUGACCGCCACCCCGAUCGGCUCGGGCUUCGCCAAGACAUGGGAAGGCCUCUUCAUCGCGCGUUUCGUGAUGGGAAUCGGCAUCGGCGCAAAGAACGCGACCGUCCCCAUCUUCUCCGCCGAGAUGGCCCCCCACCGAGUCCGCGGCGCCCUCGUCAUGUUCUGGCAACUCUGGGUCGUGGCGGGCAUCUUCCUGGGCUUCUGCGCCAACGUCAUCGUCAAGGACACCGGCGACAUCUCCUGGCGUCUCCAGCUCGGUUCGGCCUUCAUCCCGUCCUUCGUCCUCGGCGCCGGUAUCUUCUUCUGCCCCGAGUCCCCGCGUUGGCUCAUGAAGCACGGUAACCACCCCAAGGCGUUCCGGUCCAUGUGCCGCCUGCGCGCCCACCCCAUCAUCGGCGCGAGAGACUUCUACUACUCGUAUGUCAUCUACCAGCAGGAACUCAAGGAGGCCCGCGGCGCUGGGUACUUCCGCCGCAUGUGGGACUGCUUCUCCAUUCCUCGCAUCAGGCGUGCCAACUACGGCGCCAGCACCGUGAUGCUUGCGCAGCAAAUGUGUGGUAUCAACAUUAUCUCCUUCUACAGCUCCACCAUCUUUGUGGACGCUGGCUACACCGCCGUCGAAGCGCUGUACGCCUCUUUGGGAUACGGUGCCAUCCAAGUCAUUGCCACCAUCCCCACGUUGUUCCUCAUUGACACGAAGGGCCGAAGGAAGCUCUGCAUGAUUACAUUCCCCUUCAUGUGUGUUUUCCUGUUGGCGGCAGGUCUCUCUAUGCUCAACCAGAACGAUGACCGUAGCCGUGCCGCACACAUCGGUCCUGUGGUCCUCUUCGUGUAUCUCUUCACCAUCUGCUACUCUCUGGGUGAAGGCCCCGUCGCAUUCCAAUACUCUGCUGAGGUUUUCCCCACCAUUCAGCGUGAGCAGGGCAUGGCCUGGGUUGUCUGCAUCAACAACACCUUUGCUGGUAUUCUGAGUUUGACCUUCCCUCGUAUGAGCAGCGUCAUGACCCCCACUGGAGCGUUCGGCUUCUACGCUGGUCUCAAUUUGAUAGCUUGGUUCAUGAUCUUCUGCUUCGUCCGCGAGACCAAGCAACUUACGUUGGAGGAACUGGACCAGGUCUUCUCUGUUCCGACAAAGGAUUUCAUCUCUCACGAGUUGAAGGUCACCACUCCGUACUGGAUCAAGCGCAACCUCCUCUUCCAGAGACACCUCCCGAAGCCGCCGGCGAUUAUUGCAACGGCCAGCAGCGGGGUCAGAAAGAGGCAGCCCGUCUCAGACUCUGCUUAA